AUGGCAAUUAUUGCCAUUGGAAUGAUACUUCAAGGAAUAGGAAAGUCUCCAAGACAAGCUUUUAUUACCACGUAUAUCGACAACAAUGUUAAAAAAACUCAAACAGCUGUUUAUGUCGAAUUUUUUAAAAGUAUAUAUGGACUGUUUCGAAACAAACUGUAUGUACUAAUCAUAGUGGGUCGAUGUUUGAUCCUUAUUCUAGUCAGUGGCAGUGUUGCAUUUGGACCAAAAUACAUUGAGACUCAAUUCACUUUGCCUGCGUGGAAGUCUAGUUUAGUAAUAGGUGUAACACGUAUCUUUGCAGUAUCUGUUGGAACUUUUGUUGGUGGGUAUCUUACGUCUAAAAAGAGGAUUUCACCACUAGGAUGCGGCGGAUUAAUCGUCAUUCUGUCAUUAUUUACCAUUCUACAAUACUUGGUACAAAUAUUUCUUGGUUGUCCAACUCCAGAAAUAAUUGGAUAUAACAGAAAUUUAAGCAAUUCAUCUGAUAUCUGUACAAGUAAUUGCAACUGCAAUUCUGAGGACUAUUUUCCUGUUUGCGGUUCGGAUAACAAUAACUACUUUUCACCUUGUCAUGCCGGCUGUUCAAGUAUAUCUACAUUACAGGGAUUUACGAACUGUACAUGUAUAGGUCCAACAGCGACAGGUAAACCUGGUUUAUGUUCAUCUGACUGUCAAAUGUUGGUUCCCUAUCUUGUUGUUACCUGUGUGUUUAGUUUGGUCGAAUCAUUGGGUAUAAUGCCAAGUUUGAUAUUCAUGUUGAGAUCAGUUAAAGAAAAUCAGAAAGGAAUAGCUAUAGCUUUCUCAGCAUUUAUUACAACUUUAUUAGGUUGGUUCUUAGGGCCUAUUAUCUUUGGGGAAAUAAUUGACAUGUGUUGCAAAAUAUGGAGCUCACGGUGUGGAGUAAAGGGAUCAUGCGCGUUGUACAACAAUGUGAACUUCCGAUAUGCUACUUAUGGUUUCAGCCUCAUACUGAGAUGUAUUGUUCUAAUAAUAGACAUCGUGGCUUACUUAAUUGCACGAAAGAAAACGGAUUGGAGUACUGGAGAAACUAGACGUGAACGUAAAAACGAAUUGCCUGAAAAACAAAGUUUCAUCGUAGAUGAAGGGGAUACUAAUGGAAACAAUAGUUACAUCAAGACAUUUUUAGAAAAUAAGGAAUUUAAAGAAACAAAUAUUUUAUGUUAAUACAAUUGAAUCACAAAGUACAAUGCCUUUAUACACGUGAAGUCUCAUGUUGACGUUCAACCAUCUGACGAUAUUUUAUAAGACUUUUCUAGGUCAUGUCGACGAUCUAUAUUCAUACGACAUUUGAUAAGACCAACUAAACAAUGAUAGAAGUUUAUUUACAACAUCUGACUGAGAAAUCGAAGACUUCCAAGUUCGCCAAAUAAAUGUUGAUGCAGCUCAUUAUCAAUCGUACAAAUGCGUCACAAACAUAAUGAUAUCAAAAUUCUGUCUCUUUCUUUGUGGAUCGAUGUGAUCUUAGUUUCAAAUAAACAAAAUGUAUGACACCUUUUGCUAAAUAAACUUACUAUACAAUCAGC